GCUUCCUGUCUGUAUGCUACACGUGCUCAUUGUGCUCCAAAACCGCUGUACCUCCCGGAAGCAUCUCAUUCCGCCGCUUGCGUCCUGAAGUCACCUCUCGUCUUGAAGCUCAUUUUUUCCUCUCCAUCGGUUUCUGGCUGCAUUUGAACCUCUAGGUUGAGCAAUGCCAUCUGUUCCCUCAUCCAAGGAGGCCGUCAAAGACCCCGUGUGCCCUCACUCUGCCAAGCUGCACGGCCAGGCCAACGGAGACGCCAAGCUCCAAGAGGGCUCGUUUCCCGUCGCCGCCAACGAAGACUCCGGCAAAACCAUUCAGAUCAACACAAAGAACCCCGCUGUAGACAGGAAGUGGAUCCGGCCGGACCUCCCCAGCCGCUGCACGUGGAGCCUGGAGGCCUCCAAAGCAGACUCGCCCCACGGACAUUUUUCAAAGUCUGCCUCCCCCACCAUCCUUCCAGACAUCCUGCAUCGGAUCGGCGACACUCCCAUGGUACAGAUCAACAAGAUCCCCAAAGCGUUUGGAGUCAAAUGUGAAAUACUGGCCAAGUGUGAGUUCUUCAACGCUGGAGGCAGCGUGAAGGACAGGAUCAGCCUGCGGAUGGUUGAAGAUGCAGAGAGAGCGGGCAUCCUCAAGCCUGGAGAUACCAUCAUAGAGCCCACCUCUGGAAACACAGGUAUCGGACUGGCCCUGGCUGCUGCUGUUAAAGGUUACCGCUGCAUCAUCGUCAUGCCUGAGAAGAUGAGCAUGGAGAAGGUGGAUGUGCUCAGAGCUCUCGGAGCCGAGAUCGUCCGAACCCCCACCAGCGCUCGUUUCGAUUCCCCCGAGUCUCACGUGGGCGUGGCCUGGCGCCUGAAGAACGAGAUCCCAGACUCGCACAUCCUGGACCAGUACCGUAACCCUAGCAACCCGCUGGCUCACUACGACACCACGGCCGAGGAGAUCCUGAAGCAAUGCGACGGUAAAUUGGACAUGCUGGUGGCCGGAGCAGGAACAGGAGGAACCAUCACAGGCAUCGCCCGCAAACUGAAGGAGAAAUGCCCCAACAUCAGAAUUAUUGGUGUCGACCCAGAAGGUUCCAUCCUGGCCGAGCCUGAGGAGAUCAAUAAGACCGAUAAGACCCAGUACGAAGUGGAGGGAAUCGGCUACGACUUCAUCCCCACUGUCCUCGACAGAUCAGUUGUUGAUACUUGGUACAAAUCCAACGAUGAAGAGUCCUUCAAUAUGGCCCGCCUGCUCAUCAGGGAUGAAGGACUCCUUUGUGGGGGCAGCUCUGGGACUGCCAUGGCUGCAGCUGUGAAGUUCGCCAAAGAGCUGAAGGAGGGCCAGCGCUGCGUCGUCAUCCUGCCGGACUCCAUCCGCAACUACAUGUCAAAGUUCCUGAGUGAUAAGUGGAUGGUCCAGAAAGGCUUCCUGAGGGAGGAGGACAUCAUGGUGAAGAAGCCUUGGUGGUGGAACCUGAAGGUGCAGAGCCUGAACCUGUCAGCGCCGCUCACCGUCCUGCCGACCGUCAGCUGCCAGCAGACCAUCAAGAUCCUGAAGGAGAAGGGUUUCGACCAGGCGCCCGUGGUGGACAACGCUGGGGUGAUUCUGGGAAUGGUGACGCUGGGAAACAUGCUGUCAUCGAUUCUCGCCGGGAAGAUCAAGCUGUCCGAUCCUGUCAGCAAAGUUCUCUACAAGCAGUUCAAACAGAUACGCCUGAAUGAUAAUUUGGGAAACUUGUCUCGCAUUCUGGAAAUCGACCACUUUGCCCUGGUGGUGCAUGAACAGAUCCAAUACCUGACCAGUGGCUCGACCGCUCUGAAGCAGAUGGUUUUCGGCGUGGUGACAGCCGUCGACCUGCUCAACUUUGUCACUGGCCGGGAACGGAGAGAGCGCUCCGUGUCAGAGUCCACUGAUGAGCUGUGAUCAGCUGACUGAAGCUUUCUCACCCCCAAAAAUAAAAGGAUGACCAUGGAUGAGUUCAGAAGAGCUGGAAAAAGUGUUUUUGAAGUUUUUUGGGUUGUAGUUAUCUCUUAUUUUCAGCUAAAAAUGAAUAUUCUGUCUUUAGAUCCUGAUUUUAUGUCCAUUAAUUCACCUUGAUCUGGAGUUUCAGUUUUUUUUUUGUUGUUAUUUUAUGUCCUUACAGAGUAGAAAGCAAAUCUUUUGUAAGUUUUUAAUUCCUGGUCAGCUUAUUUCUCGUCUGUAAAAUGUCUUUGGGACCUUUUGAGUUAUGCUUUAAUCGUUUUGAAAGUGAUUGUAAAGCUGGAUUUCUGCAUUGAAACAGAAAAAAGGGGCCGUAUAUGGUCUUGCUGUAUAUAGGCAAACAUGAUGAGCUUACUUUAUUUUUUCCUUCUUUUGUUUCAGCGCAAAGUCUGUCAUGUAACUGUAAAGAAGUCUUGACUAUUUAAUCAUAGAUGUGUCUUGGAGGAAAUAUUUUGUAUUGCAUUGCUUUUAUUCAAUGAAUGUGUCUGAAUAAAUAAAGUUUAAGCAAAGUUGAA